GUUGGAGGGACGAGAGACUGUGGACCUCGUCGCGCCCAUUGAGGAUCUACCACAAAGUACAACUUUGCGGGAUACCACCACCCGUCCCCGGUGCGAAAACACUCACGUCGACUUUGAGAAUCGAUAAAUAGCACGGCAUCUGAACGCUAUGAAGGUGGAUCCUCAUCCGCUCUUCUUCCAGACUACCUGAAUCCUCCAGAGCACACUAGCCUUUGCCUUACUCCACACCUCUUACACUUUGUUCCCAUCAUGAUGAUGAGAUCUAUCUUGCUGUUGCUGGCAAUCGCUAGCACGGCUCUCGCGUCCUACGGCAUUGCGAGAUAUAGUCACUCAAGCUAUCCUCCCCCUAGUUUAAACGUUGGAACCAUCAUCAAUAACUUUUCUGGGGCUCUGGCAAAUAUCAGGACACUUGUCCACGGCGCUGUUAACCAAAGACACCGCCGAAAGAAGAUGGCACCAAAACGGAUACCGAAUGAUCCUCCAAAUAAUUUGGAUUCCCGGAGAUGGCCAAAACGGUGCUGGGUAUCCACUCGUGAACCCAACCAACAUGGAUCUGGAUGGACUUGAGGAGAACACCGAAGUAAGACUGCAUGCGGGCGUUUACGGAAAUCAAGAAUGGGCCUUCUAUGACGAGAACUGCCGUGGAGGAGUGCCGAGAUGCACCAUCUCUGGAAUGUAUUUGGACCUUAAGAAGAAUGGAAGAUCCAGGAACAGCACCGGAAGCAGCGAUUUCAAGAGCAUUACGUCAAGAAACAACACCGGACCUAGUAGCACGGCUCCUUCAGCUACUACUACGGCACCUCUUAUCGCGGACAAGCUACUUGCGGAGCCGAGGGCUGGACUCUGCAAGAAGGAUCUCUAUCACGGAAUGGGGGCAUGCCAGGGUCCCGACACCAUCCUUUCUGGACAAGACAUUGUGCAAGACGGUAAUCUGAUUUCUGCUAAUUUGGCUGUGCGGCUCCAGUCGGACGGAAACCUCUGCUUCUGGUCUUACGAUUUCGGAUAUAAAUGGACCUGCCUGAUGUCGGAUCAGUCUCCACAGGUUCCUCCUUACAAAAUGCAUUUAGAUAUGGAUGGCAAUCUCUGCCUCUAUGAUGGUCGCGGCGUGAACAGGUGGUGCAGCAACAAGACUGGCCCUGUCGACGGACAGUACAGAUUGACGCUCCAGAACGACGGUGCCUGAAUCCCCAAAGCCAUCCAGCACGAGCUUGAACUGAGAUGAGGCACAGCGACUUCCCAGUAGCGCUCCAGUGCCAUCUUCGAAAAUAAGCACCAUAUGGAGUUCAAUGUGCCAUUGUAUAUGGUCCUUCGUAACGUGGAGCGAGCAUUCUUUCUUUUCUCAGGCCAAGGGUUGUUACCUUUGUUUCGUUAGGGAACUCGCCAGGGAACUCGUUAUGCAGUACAGUUACACUUGAAUUGUUCAAUAAUGACGGAAAAGACGAAGUUUCAAGUGUUCAAGCAGCUCUUCUUGAUUCAUGAUCCUUCCUUCAUCUCUAGUGAAUAUAUUGAAGCUGUUUUGCUUCGCGCGCGAAGAAUAUCAAGAAUGGAUAUGAGUCAUGCAGGCUAACAGUUCGCACGUUUGCUGAAAACUAAAAA